AUGCAAUCAGAAGACCGCAUGAAUAGCGUUCCUUCCAUCUCACUCUCCGCUCAAAAGGAAGAAGAGAAACCAUCCAACACAGCCGCUGAAGUCUCUGAAAGUGGCCAUACUCACGGAUGGAAUGCAGAGAAUAUUUCAUUCUUGGUGUUGGUGGGUGCCUUUCAAGUCGUUAUGGUCGUCUUGUUCUGGGUAUUUUUCGAUUACGAGCACUCGGUAACGAAUUCGGACGAAGCCUCACUCCACACUGCUAACGAAGAAGCACAGCAUGAUGUGGCUCAUUACUACAAGCCCAUGCUCGAUGUCGGUAUCAUGGUGUUUGUGGGUUUUGGUUUCCUAAUGACGUUUUUGAAGAGAUAUGGAUAUAUGGCCUUCGGAAUGAAUUUCUUUAUUUCAGCUCUCAUUUUCCAAUGGGGAAUUUUGAAUCAAGCUUUCUGGCGAGGUGUCAAUAAGGGAUUUCCAGUCACUGGAGAUCAAGUCCAUUGGCCAAACCCAAGAUGGAUGGUGCAUUUUGAACUUCAAGACUUGGUGGAAGGCCAUUUCGCUGCAGCUUCUUUCCUAGUUUCAUUUGGUGUCUUGAUUGGAAAGACUACACCUCUUCAAAUUACUGUUGCUGGUAUUAUUCAUACUCUUUUCUAUGCUUUGAAUUAUUAUAUUGGAACUUGGGUGUUGAAGGCAAGCGAUAUUGGAGGAUCUAUGUUCAUUCACUUGUUUGGAGCUGUUUAUGGAUUGAUGGCUUCUUAUGUUUUGUGGAAUAAGAAGGCAAUUGCUGGACAUCCAGCUCAAUCAUCUCGUUAUACUUCUGACCUUUUCUCAUUGAUUGGUACCAUCUUCCUUUUCCUUUGUUGGCCAUCAUUCAAUGCUGCUGUAACUCCAACUGGUACCACUCAAUUUAGAGCAUUCAUUAACACGAUCAUGUCCUUAAUGGGUUCUGCAGUAGCUUCGUUUUUCUGCAGUAGAUUGGUCAGAGGAGGAGUUUUUGCAAUGGAAGAUAUUCAAAAUGGUACUUUGGCUGGAGGAGUAGCUGUUGGUGCUGUUGCAGAUAUGGUUAUUUUACCAGGAGGUGCUUUAACUGUUGGUAUUAUUGCCGGAUUUAUUAGCGUUUUUGGAUUCAAGUUCUUUACUCCUAAUUUGAGAAGAUUCCUCAAGCUGCACGACACUUGCGGAGUUUUGAACUUGCAUUGCAUUCCAGGAUUUAUUGGAGGUGUUGGCUCGAUUAUUGCUGCAGGUGUUGCAGCUGGACAAAGAGUCAAUUACGGUGUUUCGUACGAUAAAAUGUUUGGAAAUGGAACACAUCAGUGGGGCUACCAAUUUGCCACCCUUGCCAUUACUAUUGGUAUUGCAAUCGUCUCUGGUUUAUUGGCUGGCCUAAUCAUUCGGUGGUUGUUCCCAGAAAAGUCUGUCUUCUAUGACGAGCCAUACUGGGAAGUUGCAGAUGAAUCUAUGUUGGUUGAUGAACCACCAAAGGAAGAAAAGAAGAACACUGAUAUUGAAUUGAAGGCUGUGAACGUUUAA